UGUUGUUGUUGUUGGUUGGUUGAAUUUGAGUUUUGUUUUCAAUUCUUAUUUUAUUUUAUUUGGGUGAACUCCCUUCCUUCUUUAAACGAAAAUACUAACCCUGAAGCCGAAAUCCAUGCCCCCUGCAAUUCGGAAGAAUCGGGUCUAAUAUGCCAGUGUCAUCUUCGCCUUGCAGUAGUCGCGAUGAAGGAAAAAUCCAAGAACGCGGCAAAGACUAGACGGGAAAAAGAAAAUGGAGAAUUCUACGAACUGGCCAAACUCCUGCCCCUGCCCUCAGCCAUCACCUCCCAGCUGGACAAAGCGUCCAUCAUCCGCCUCACGACCAGCUACCUGAAAAUGCGAGCCGUCUUCCCCGAAGGUUUGGGCGACGCCUGGGGACAGCCGAGCAGGAUAGGGCCCUUGGAUAACGUGGCCAAGGAGCUCGGAUCCCAUUUGCUUCAGACUUUGGAUGGCUUUGUUUUUGUGGUAGCAUCAGAUGGCAAAAUAAUGUACAUCUCAGAAACAGCAUCGGUACAUCUUGGCUUGUCUCAGGUGGAGCUUACUGGUAAUAGCAUUUAUGAGUACAUACACCCUUCUGAUCAUGAUGAGAUGACAGCUGUUCUUACCGCUCACCAGCCUCUUCAUCCUCACCUCUUACAAGAAUAUGAAAUUGAAAGAUCAUUUUUCCUGAGAAUGAAGUGUGUCCUAGCCAAGAGGAACGCAGGAUUAACAUGCAGUGGUUACAAGGUGAUCCACUGCAGUGGCUACCUGAAGAUACGGCAGUAUAUGCUAGAUGUGUCUUUGUAUGAUUCCUGUUACCAAAUCGUUGGACUGGUGGCUGUAGGUCAAUCUUUACCUCCCAGUGCAAUUACUGAGAUCAAACUUCACAGUAACAUGUUUAUGUUCAGAGCCAGUUUGGACUUGAAAUUAAUAUUCCUUGAUUCCAGGGUGACCGAAUUAACAGGAUAUGAGCCCCAAGAUCUGAUAGAGAAAACCCUCUACCACCAUGUUCAUGGCUGUGAUGUAUUCCAUUUGCGAUAUGCUCAUCAUCUGCUGUUGGUGAAAGGCCAAGUCACAACCAAGUAUUAUCGACUACUGUCCAAGCAUGGAGGCUGGGUCUGGGUACAGAGCUACGCCACGAUUGUGCAUAACAGCCGUUCAUCACGGCCUCACUGCAUAGUGAGUGUCAAUUAUGUCCUUACAGAUAUUGAGUAUAAGGAACUUCAGCUGUCACUGGACCAGGUUACCAUUUCUAAGUCACAGUUUUCAUGCAGAAACUCAGUAUCUACCUCACAGGAAACAAGGAAAAUAGUAAAACCUAAAAGUAAUAAAAUGAAGGCAAAACUCAGAGCAACACCUUAUCCACAGCAGCAAUACAGCUCAUUCCAAACAGACAAACUGGAAUGCAGCCAGGUGGGAAACUGGCGAUCCAGCCCGUCAGUGAAUGUUGCCACCAUUCAAGAACAGAACUUCCAUUCAGAAAACACUGAACUUUUAUAUGCCCCAUCAUAUAGCUUGCCUUUCUCCUACCAUUAUGGACACUUCCCUGUAGAUUCUCACGUCUUCAGUAGCAAAAAGCAAGUGCUGCCUUCAAAGUUUGGACAGUCGCAAGGAACCCCUUGUGAAGUGGCUCGAUUUUUCUUGAGUACGCUGCAGACAAAUGGAGAAUGCCAGUGGCAUUAUACCAACUCUUUGGUACCCAACAGCCAGUCACCAUCCAAAACUCUUCCUGAUCAGCCAGUGAACAUCAUCCGACAUAAUCUUGCACAGAGUUAUGAAGUGCCCAUAUCAAACAGAAGAUACAGCCAAGAUGCUCUAUCUGACAACUUUACAAGCUGCACAGCGCCCAUGCCAGGCAGCAGAUACAAAGAAGAGAUUUAUGACUCUGGCAUCAUGAAACCUAACAAAAUAGAAACCAGGAUUCAGCCACCUCAUCACCUCAUUAAAGAAGAAAGCAAGUUAGCUUUUAACAGAAACCUACAGGAAAAAAUGAGCAUUAAUGAAAGUUCUUUUUCAAACUCAAUAGCUAACUCCUUGCUGCCAAAAUCAGAAUGUUUCCAGUCUAAAGCUAUAGGACAGCUAAGUCAUCUCCUGCCAAUGCCCUCAGUGUAUGAGCAAACAAGAAGGCUUUGUAUGAAAGAAACCAAAUACGGACAUAUUAAUCACCAUGCUACAAACCUAGAGGAACUGGACAGUGACGAGAGGAUGACUGUAAAGCUGGAUCAUGACUCUGAAACUGAACGUGUGAUGGAUGUGAGACCCUCUGGACAAGUUCCAUUUGUGCUUGUAAAUUAUCACCAUGUUCUAGCCAAACAUGGUACAUUUCAAACCUCAUCAUGUACAGCGACAGGACAUGUAGGAGAAAAUUAUGGAUACAAUUCUGAGGAAGUAAAUACAUAUAUUUACAAAAACCAAAGCCCCUCAUCAGCUUCUUCUCCAGAAGCCCACAAGGAAUCUGUUCUACCCCAUUAUAUUGGAACUUCUGUAAUAAUAGCCAAUGGAAGGUGAUGGUAAUAGAGGCGUAUUUACAUUUAAUUAAGAAGCCAAACUGUAAUGAUUUGCAAAAAGCAUGAGAAAAAAUGGUUACAUUUACUGAGCAUAGCUGAAGGCCAAUGAGGGACAGACUCGUGUGUUCGUGGCAACUCACGUGUGACAGUACCUUCAAGGUGAGGAAAAACCCCUCCCUCUAGCUGCCAUGCUUCGUUGCCACUGAUUAAGCUCUGGUGCCAGUGAGAAGACAUGUUACAGAUCUUAUUUUUGUUAUUUUAUAGUGUGCAACAAAAUUAAAUGAUAGGUGUUAUAUGCAGAGAUUUAUACGAAGCACAUUUUUUUUUCCUUAUCUUGUCCUUCUCAAAAUACAUUCAAGAUUUUUUUUUUUUUAUCAUCAUAAACUAUAAUCUCUAUUUCAAGUAUUUUUGUCAGUGUGAAACCUUACAUCAGCCCUCCACCCAUGUGGUAAAGACCCUGACAAAGGAACUUUGUUUAAAGAAUGAUGAUUUUUUAGUAUCCACAAUACUAUCUAAACAGAACACACUUUGGAAAAUGCUUAUUUAUUAAUUAUCCAAAAGUUUUAAAACUAAAUAAAUCUAAAUUUGAUUUACUUAACAUAGAUUUCAGUGUUCUGAGAUUUUCAUGGCCACCGUUUAUCUCAACAAGAAGCAAUAUGACAAACUGAUACAUCCAAAAAUACAUAUUAAAGGGUUACAGGUCUUGUCACAGUGAAUUGGGACAAAUUGCCUAGACAGAACUAAGAGCUAUUGCCCAACAAAUGUAAUAAGAAACUUCUCAAAAGUGUGCUUCACUGAGUAUUCUGGGAGAAGGCUCUGCAGGCUUUCAAACAAGCUAUUAAAAAAAAAAAAACUUCUUAAUAACAGCACCAAAAUGUUUUCAUUGUAGUUAAGGGUAUAAUGAGGAACAUUUAUGCUUUGUUUUAACUUACCUCUGAAGUUUGAAAGGUUCAGCUUGUAACACAUUGAACCUCCUUAAGCAUAAAUCUCAUUGUCACCACAAAGCUAAGAUUGAUACUGGACUGAUUUGUGCACUUCCCAAAUGUUGGACAAUAUGAAUAUGGAAAGUCAAAAGUCACUGCACAACCACAAAACCCAAAUUUGCACUUGAAGUAAAGCCGAAUUUGAGCACAUCAGGGUUUGCAGCUGAACCCUUUGCACACAUCUCAAUUUGUGCUAACAAAUUGUAGCGAGUUAAAAGCCUACAGUGCACAUUUACAUUUUGUCCAGAUUACUAGGAAUAGAUUUCCCCCUUUUUUUUUACUUCUUUCUAAAGUUCACAAAGAGAUGAAGAGAUCUUUGGGUGCUUAACUGACAACAGUCUGUCCCCUUUAGUUUUCAACCACUUCCCCAGACACACUUUGUGGGCUCUUGAUAAAACAAGGGAUGGCUCCCUCAAUAAUAGCCGUAAGUACCGACAGUUAAGUUUGUUGUAGAUCUGACUCAUCUGUACUUAGCUACAUUUUUUAGCUCAAUUCAAGGCUAAGUUUAAUUUUUAAAGCUUUCCCUCCCUUAUCAGACUUGUGCAAUAUGGAGAAAUGCUCAUGGGUUGCACCUUCUCAGAUGAAAAUGUAGUGAAAUACACACUUUUCUUUAAAUUGCACGUUCUCCACCUUUUAUAUGCAGCAGUAACAUUCAGUCACCUUCUCAUAUGUAUGAAUAUUGCUGAGUACACAAAAAUACUUUUAAAACCUGCUUAAAAGCAAUUUUCAGUAUUUUUAUUAUUUCCUAUUAAAAGCUUAACAGAUAAGGCUUUAUUAUGAAGUUAAGCUGAUGUUCAUUUGGAAGCUGACAGCUGUUUGACUUCAUUUGCUAAAAAAGCAUGAAACGUAUUUUUUGUGGUAUAUAUAACAAACCCCACCUAGUCAGCCAUGAGCAAAACACUGACUUUAACAACAAAAAAAACCAACCAAAAAAAAAGCGGCACCAAACCAGCAUAUUCGGUCACUCAGUUUAUCUGUGCUCUUCGGUUCAUUUAAUGUCAGAGAAGUUAGCAAGUCUACAGAAACCUUAUGAGUGAA